CCGUUUCUAGAUCAUUACUUGAAAUUAUCUGUGACUUAAAUUCAGAUUUCUGUUGAUAAAAAUUUUCCCCAUCAUCUUUGUUUUUUUCAAAGUUUCUUAUUAACAAUUAUCUGGGCUAAUGAGCCUCAAAGCAAUUAUUUAUCCUUUUGUCAAAUUUUACAUUAAGAAAUCUGUGACCCAAGCCCCCUUCAAAAAUUUUUUCCAAACCUACCCAAGGGAUGAGAGUUAGGAGAGGCCUCAUCUCUUGCUGAAGAUCCCAAGACUUCCAUGGCUUCCACUUCCCGCCGCCAACGCCGAGAGCGUCGCUUCCGUCGUUAUUUGUCUGCAGGACGGCUGGUCCGGGCCCAGGCCCUCCUCCAGCGACACCCAGGCCUUGAUGUAGACGCUGGGCAACCCCCACCACUGCACCGGGCCUGUGCCCGCCACGAUGCCCCCGCCCUGUGCCUGCUGCUUCGGCUUGGGGCUGACCCUGCCCACCAGGACCGCCACGGGGACACGGCGCUGCACGCUGCUGCCCGCCAGGGCCCUGAUGCCUACACGGACUUCUUCCUGCCGCUGCUGAGUCGCUGCCCUUCUGCUAUGGGAAUAAAGAAUAAGGACGGGGAGACCCCGGGGCAGAUUCUGGGCUGGGGCCCCCCCUGGGAUUCUGCUGAAGAGGAGGAGGAGGACGAGGCCUCUAAGGAGCGGGAAUGGAGGCAGAAGCUGCAGGGAGAGCUGGAGGAUGAGUGGCAGGAGGUCAUCGGGAGGUUUGAAGCAGAUGACGCUUCCCAUGAGGCCCAGGAGCCCGAGUCCUUCUCAGCCUGGUCAGACCGCCUGGCCCGGGAGGGCGCCCAGAGGCGGCGGCGGCAGCAGCAGUGCGGGGCAGAGGGAGCCUGCCGACCGGCCCGGGCUGCGGGUCCCAGUCACAGCUGGCCGCGGCAGGAGGAGGAGGAGCAGCGGCGCUUCCAAGAGCGGGCCCGGGCCAAGGAGGAGGAGCUGCGAGAGGGCCGGGCCAGGCGGGCGCAGGAGGCCCGUGGGGACCGAGGGCCAGAGCCAGCCAGGGCUGGGCCCAGGGCGGAGCCCCCAAGAGGAGCAGGGAGGGGCAGCCUCUGGCGCUUUGGUGAUGUGCCCUGGCCCUGCCCUGGGGGGGGGGACCCGGAGGCCAUGGCUGCAGCCCUGGUGGCCAGGGGCCCCCCGUUGGAGGAACAGGGGGCCCUGAGGAGGUACUUGAGGGUCCAGCAGGUCCGCUGGCACCCUGACCGCUUCCUGCAGCGAUUCCGAAGCCAGAUUGAGACCUGGGAGCUGGGCCGCGUGAUGGGGGCCGUGACGGCCCUUUCUCAAGCCCUGAAUCGCCACGCGGAGGCCCUCAAGUGACCCCAGGGAAAGAGUGAGAAACUGCAGGGAAUGCAGCCUUAGAGGCAGGGCAGUAGUAAGGGGACGGUCAGGGAUGGGGAUGACGAGGAAGAGGCUGAUGCUGCACGGCGAAGGGUAUGGGGUGGGAGCGAGACUUGUAACGAGUGGGAGUGGGGAGGAUAUGGGCCACCACCACUGCUCCUUGACUCCUCCAGUUCCUAAUAAGACCUGGUUCCACAUCUCACUCCCGGUGUCUCCUCUGCCUUUUUCCAUUGCUGUGGUUUUCAUCAUACAUGACCUCUCCUUUCUCACCCCGCCCGCCAAAAUCUGCAGCUCCUACACACCUGCAACACGCACACACCGAGUUGGGCUCUCAGCUGGAGCCAAGAAGGCCCUGCUUGCCCACCCGCAAAGGCAGCCCUAAGAAGACCCAGUUUGCCCACCAGUCUCCACUCCCUGCGCCGGGCUCCUCCACUGUGCUGUCAGUGACUGGAGAAAUAGACGUGAACAGAGACGAAAAAGGGAACAAAACCAGUUUCCCUCCUCUCCCCAGUUCCCCAGCUAGAACCACAUCCUCCUCCCCACUUAACACUCCCUCCCCCAACACAGGGCUUUCCCUUUGCUGAGUCACUGAAUGAUCUGAGUUGGGGGCAGCUGGAGCUGGGGGCCAUGAGGAGGUUGUGGGAGGAUGGGAUAGAAGCAGAAUGGACAGAGGAAGAGCCCUGUGGGGGAGUGGAAUUUCGGUUGCUAAAAUUAGGAGCCGGGGAAGGAGGUGGAAAGAGCCAAAUUAUGUAACCUGGGUUAUCUGUUCUUGGGCAACCAGGGAUCCACACCCAAGGCUAUCUCCCCGCUAGCUCCUCAGUCCUAUGUCUUCUCCUCCAGGGCCGCAGUCCUGGCCAGCUUCUGCCCCCAUCCCACACCUGGGCUUCCUCUCUGGGCAGUCUAGCCUUCCAGAGAGGCAUCUUUUCCUGAAGUUGAGGAAGAGGUCCUGAGGGGCGGAGGGAGAGGGUCUGGUGCCAUCCCUGUCACUCUUCCAUACUCGAGCUCCACUCGAGCUCCCCAGAACCGGGAGAGGAAGUUGUAGACAGUACCAAACCCCACUGCCGUCCCCCAGGACACAACAGGGAACUCCGCAAAAAGCAAAGAGUUACAGGCAUGUGCUGGCGUGUGCGGUCUGCACGCGUCUACAUCAGAGAAUAUUAAGAAUCAGAAACGAAUUUUUUAGGGUUGGAGCCCUGGUCUACUCAAGAGAAUCCUGAGGGCGGUAGAGGAGAGGGAGGGAAGCCCGCGGGAGCAGGGGAACACGGGGCGGGCAUGAGACCCUGGGAGAAGACAGCCAAGAGCCCCGAGGCCUCCCAGGGAGCAGGCAGCUGUCAGGGUCUGGAGGAGGAAGGGCUGGUGAGAAAGAUCUGUGAGAGGAAGCUGCUGUGAUUCAGAGAAGAGUCUGCGAGCUGUGAGCAGCCCAGGCGUCCGGUUCCUCUCACAGGCCGGAGGUUUCGGAAGUGGCAUGCAAAGAGCCCAGCUGUGGAGUUAGGGGGAGCUGGGGUUAGGAUCCCUAAGCUGGGGGUUGAGAGGUAAGCAAUAGAAACCUUUGGUGCCCAGAUUUGCUCCUCCAUCCAGCAGUUUUCUCUGGUUUUGAAGCACAUCAUUUCCCCUCUGCAAGAGUUACAUAAAACCAAAGCAAAAUAAGCCCUGAUCCCUGGCCCCCAAACCUCCCUCUUUUCAACAUCCCUGCCUGGUGUGUCUGGCCCCCAGCCCUGUUGGGGGUUCCCCUGAGUGAGGGCUGUUCACUUUCUCUGACCACAGGGUUUCCGCUUCUGUGUGUCUUGUUUCCUAGGCUGAUAAAAAUACUGAGCCCUAGAGGCCCUGGCUUCCUCUGACCCCCCGGGGCCAGGCAGCAGGCAUCCUGUCCACCAUGGUGGGGGCAGGGAGGGGGGCCCAGGGAUCCCCAAGGGAUGACUCAGUGCCUACCAUGAAACCCUGGGGAGGUGUGAAUGUGUGUAUCUGCUCUCGAGAGCUGGAAUGAGGAAUCAAUUCUCAGUGAAGGAUGAUGCAUUGGGGUUAAGUUAGGAAAACAGGAUUAGGGAACAAGACUAGUGAGAUCAAAGAGGGUCAGUUGAGGGAUUGAGCUUGGGGUCGGUUUGAGUUAAAUUGGGAAAAGGAUCUGGGAGGGACUCUAUUCAGUGUAGUUCAACUGAGCAACAAGUAACCCAAAGAUAAAUCCAAACUGCUGCAAGUUUGCAGUCCAACAGGGAAGGCAAGGCCCACAGCUAAUUGUCAUUCAGGGCAUGAUGCUGAGUAAAUAUUAGAGAGUAAGACACCGUGGGUACAGAAGGGGGAGGGGGCACUUGACUGGUGCUGAUGAGUGGGCAGAAUUUCUAUGGGUGGAGGUGGCGGGAAAGGCUCCAUAGACAAAUGAAAUGGCUUCAGCAGAGACCAGGAGUCAGAAAACAGUAUAUUGAGGAAAAGACGAGUGUCCUGAGGUAGAUGAAGCACAGGUGUGAGUGAGCAGGUGUUGAAGAGAGGCCCGCGGGAGGCCAAGGUAAAGGGUCCAGGACCUCCUCCUGUGUGCCGCAGCACUGGUGGCAGCCGUGCA